AUGACCUCAGCUCAGCUCCUCACUAAGGAGACACAGCAGGCAGACAGAGGACACAAUAGCCAGCACAGUGCAAACGCUCAGUGCAGACUCAGGAUUAUGGAGGAAGGACCUUACAAGUACAUCAGGGACGGGAAUGGAAAAGUCAGUCGGGUCAUCCGGAUCGGGACCCGUCAGAGCCAGCUGGCUCGCAUCCAGACCGACAGCGUGGCCGCCAUGCUGAAAGAGCUGUACAGUGACCUCCACCUGGAGAUAGUCGGCAUGACAACAACCGGAGACAAAAUCUUGGACACGGCGUUAUCGAAGAUUGGAGAGAAGAGUCUGUUCACCAAAGAGCUGGAGACCGCUCUGGAGAGGAACGAGGUCGACCUGGUCGUUCACUCUCUCAAAGACCUUCCCACCACUCUGCCUCCAGGAUUCACCAUCGGGGCCGUGCUGAAGAGAGAAAACCCCCAUGAUGCAGUGGUGCUUCACCCCAAACAUAAAGGGAAGAGUCUGGAGACUCUGCCAGAGAACAGCGUGAUCGGCACCAGCUCGCUGCGCCGCGCCGCUCAGCUGAAGAAGAGAUUCUCUCACCUGGACUUCAAAGAUAUCCGCGGGAACCUGAACACACGUCUGAAGAAGCUGGACGAGAAGGACGACUUCGCCGCCAUCAUCCUGGCUGCUGCCGGCCUCAAGAGGAUGGGCUGGGAGAGCCGGAUCAGCCAGAUCCUGACGCCUGAAGACUGCAUGUAUGCUGUGGGACAGGGAGCUCUUGCAGUGGAGGUCCGGGCCAGAGAUGCUGACAUCCUGGAGAUGGUGUCUGUGCUCCACGACCCUGACACAGUGCUGCACUGCAUCGCAGAGAGAGCCUUCCUAAGGAAACUGGAGGGCGGCUGCAGCGUUCCGGUGGCUGUUCACACUCAGGUGAAGGACUCUCAGCUCUACCUGACGGGGGCCGUGUACAGUCUGGACGGAUCAGACAGUCUGAAGGAGACCAUGCAGACGAGCAUCGCUGCUGGUGAGAAGAGUCCGGAGGCGGCGAACAAGCAGCUUGAUCGAGUGGGAGUCACAGCCACGAAGAUCUCGGGUGAAGCCCAGAACCGGGCUGAGCAGCUGGGGGUCGACCUGGCCGACUUACUGCUGAGCCAAGGAGCCAAGGAGAUCCUGACGGUGGCCAGGCAGCUCAACGACGCCAGAUAAUCCUGACAGGGUGAGGGGCGGGGCUCUUGGAGGAGGGGCGGGGCCUCCACAGCCUCGUGUGGAGUCCAUGUUUGAAUUUAUUUUAUGUUUCAUGUUUGAAGUUCAGAGAGAGAGAAACGCUGACUCCUUGGUGAGAUCAAUGAUGGAGGAUUUCAGGCCCUGCUUGGACCAAAGUUGAGCUCAGUGAGUUUCGUCUGAAACAUCUGAGUCCGUCGCUCUCCUGGUUCUGGUUCCUGUUCUUACACUCAGAACCUCAGAGAAACUUCUCCUGAGCCUUGAAGCCUCACUGGGAUAAUCAGGGAGAAACACCACGCUGCCUUCAAACAUGCUCACGGCUGUUAAAGCAUCAUCACUGACAGAUAUCCUCACUGUUUCAUCUCUUUGUUGUUUUUAUAUCAGCUCAGUAUUUACAGAGGACGCUGUUAAAACUCUGCGUCCUGAAAUAUGUUCCUCCUUUCUCCGGACUCACUCAACACCUGUUUCCUCUGACGUCCCGCUGAGGCUGGGAGAUUAAUAAUCCAACUACAUGAACAUAACAGUUUGUAAAGGAUCAAGAUAAGUGCUCAUAUCAAAUUAUAAAACAGAGAGUCAUUAAUCAUAAACGACUUCUACCUCCUCACCUGCAGUACCUCCUCAGCCCACCAGGGGGCCUCAGUUGAGUGUUUCAGCUGUUUCUCUCGUUUCUCUGACUUUGAACCUGAUUAAAGGUCAGCGUGGACUUGUUAACGUCGAUGUGUCUGUGAAGUUCUGCUGAAGAACCGCUGCUUUCUACAAACAAUCCAACCAGUGAGCUGAUUAAUCAGAACUAUAACAGAUAUUUAUUAAUAACACGAUGAAUCAGAGUUAUCAUGAGAUACAGUUCAGUCUCGUGUCUGAUCUCAUCGCCUGUAUCUUCUAACUGGAGAUCUGGACCUCAUACUGGGUUACUUCUCUUCGUUGAGACUUUUCUGUUGAACAGAUGUCUCAUAAGAAGUGGGCGGAGCCAAACAGACAUUUGUAACCCUGUGUGUCACUUUGAUCAUCACCAUCAUGUUUUUAUUUUGACCUUUUAGAGCAGAAGGUUGAGCAGGAGAGGAGCUAAACUAUCAGCUGACACAAGCACUACAGUGAUCAUCAAAGUCCAUCUGAAACACGCGGUAACUUUAAUUCAUCAGACGCUCUUAAAAUGCUCUCCCUGCUUUAAAGUCUGUUAUUCUAAAUCAUCUGUUUACAUCUUGUGUUGUUAAAGAAGAGUUUAAUGUGAACGUGUUAGAGAAAUGUUCACUGAGGUGAAAACUCCAGUAAGAAGUUUGGACUUCUGUUUUUAAACACUGACGUCGCCCCCUGCUGGCUGAAAGAAAGAACAACACAUCCUCUUCUUAAAUACAGUCAGGGUUUCUAAAUGAUGAGCUAAGCUAUCAUAAUCUUAAUAAAUUAAAGAUGUUAAAUUCAUAGUUCAUCGGCACAUAUCUAACUUUAUAUCAGUUCUAAAAGCAGAAAUAAUAAAGAUGGAGGUUUCUAUGUGCUGUAACAAAGACAUGCUGUACUCUACAUCUGAAACCUGAAGUGUUUCUAAAAGAUCCUCAAACAUGUCGCCUUCAAUGUUUCAUAAAUGUGUCUUCUCAGGAAACCAGGUGUCGGCCUUGAAGAGAUGAAAACCUGUGUUUUUAUCUUCAUUCUGCUUCACUGUACGCUCCCUGUGAUCACAUGUUGUAUUUCUGCUCUGUCUGAAUCAUUUAAACCUCUCACACUAGAGGUUAGAUAACAUCGGCCAUGUUUGUUUUAAAGCUUUAAUGUUUGUUUGAAUGGACACACAAUGUGACUUGUUUUUUUUUUUCAUGAUCAAUAAACCUGUGGAGUCAUG